CAUGAAUGUUCCAAAACGCAUUUUGUCUCGUCGUUUUCAUGGUUGCCUUCGUCUCUGUGGAAAUAUCUAAAACCCUAGCUGCAACAAUGUCAUCAUCAUCAACUCGCUUCAUUUUGGUGUAGCUUGGGAGCUUGUCAGCUAUGGCCGAUGUAGUAGGGGAGCUCGCGAGUGUUGAAGGAGAUGAAAGGCCUGCGUCGCCGGAACAGUCGACGAAGCAGUUCUCUGUGUACGAAGCGACUUCGGAGGAGCUAAUAGAAAGAUCAAUGGCUCCUAUCAAGAAGGAGUUCUUGUGUCCACCUCCAAGCCGUGCCGCCGAAGUUAAGGCGCAUCAGUCGGGCUUGGUCCAGGAGAAAAAAUCUAAACGACAAAUUAAACGGGAACGCCGGGAGAAAUCUGCCAUCAAUCUAUGUCCGCAUAUUUCGAGAACACAAGACGUUAAUUCAUGCCAGUAUAAAGAAAAAUGCCGGUUCAACCAUGAUAUUGAAGCUUUCAAGGCUCAGAAACCAGAAGAUAUAGAGGGGGAAUGCCCAUUUGUGGCCUCUGAAAUGAAAUGCGCAUAUGGUUUGUCAUGCAGAUUCUUAGGCACCCACAGAGAUAUUGCUGCUAAUUCAGAUGCGGAGAAAAACUCAGAGAUUAACUUUUUUAACAAAGAUACUCAGAGGCUUCUUUGGAAAAAUAAGAUGACUUUUACCAAAGCAGAUGCAAAACUCAAGUCCCUCGGCCUCUUGGGACAUGCCAAAAAAAGCAAUGCAGCUGAAGAAAAUAACGCAGAGAAAAGUCAAAACGGUGCCAACGCCACUCAAACAACUGAACUUGCGGUUGACUCAGCUGUCAGUUCUGAGCCUGCAUCAGAAAUGAUAGAAGAUGUUGACAUUCCUGGACCAUUAGAAACUGAGGAAGUUCGUCCCAUGAAAAAGGCAAAAUCUGAGGACAAGGAGGAUUCUAAACCUGGUCAUGUUAAUGAUGGCCUGAGUGUAGAAGUGGAAACAGAAAAGAACGGGUAUUCUGAGGAUAGCAUCCAAAUUGUUGAAACUGAUGCUUGUCUAAAGUCACAUCCCCGCGAAAAGAAGAAGCUUAUUGAUUUUAGGGAUAAGUUGUACCUUGCACCCCUAACAACUGUGGGGAAUCUUCCCUUCAGGAGACUUUGCAAAGUGUUGGGAGCAGAUGUGACUUGUGGUGAGAUGGCAAUGUGCACAAAUCUUUUGCAGGGGCAAGCUUCGGAAUGGGCUCUGCUUAGACGGCAUUCAUCGGAAGAUCUGUUUGGUGUACAGAUUUGCGGCUCAUUUCCCGACACGGUGUCUCGUGCGGUUGAGCUUAUAGAUCGAGAAUGCACGGUUGAUUUCAUAGACAUCAACAUGGGCUGCCCGAUAGAUAUGGUUGUCAACAAAAGUGCUGGUUCAGCUCUUCUCAACAAACCUUUACGAAUGAAGAACAUCGUGGAAGUUUCUUCUUCCAUCGUUGAAACACCUAUCACGAUCAAGGUACGCACGGCGUUUUUCGAGGGCAAGAACCGGAUAGAUUCGUUGAUAUCAGAUAUUGGGAAUUGGGGAGCAAGUGCAGUGACGAUACAUGGGCGGUCAAGACAGCAACGUUAUAGCAAGUCUGCGGAUUGGGACUAUAUAUACCGGUGUACCAGAAACGCUUCGAGUGACCUGCAAGUUAUAGGAAACGGAGAUGUGUACUCUUAUGUGGACUGGAACAAACACAAGUCUGACUGUCCUGAGUUGUCCAGCUGCAUGAUCGCUCGUGGAGCACUGAUCAAGCCUUGGAUAUUUACUGAAAUCAAAGAGCAACGGCACUGGGACAUUACCUCCGGAGAAAGACUUAACAUCUUGAAGGACUUCGUACGUUUCGGUCUUCAACACUGGGGAUCCGACACAAAAGGAGUUGAGACAACAAGGCAUUUCUUGCUGGAGUGGCUAAGCUACACGUUUAGGUACAUACCUGUGGGUUUGCUCGAUGUGAUCCCGCAGCAAAUCAACUGGCGUCCGCCUUCCUACUUUGGUCGUGAUGAUCUCGAGACACUCAUGAUGUCUGAAUCUGCGGGUGACUGGGUGCGGAUAUCGGAAUUGCUGCUUGGAAAGGUCCCCGAAGGUUUCACGUUUGCCCCCAAGCACAAAUCCAACGCUUAUGACCGAGCCGAAAAUGGCUGAUUUUAACCACAUCGUUUCUCAGAUCAAAAACAUGUCGUCAUUACGCAUUACGCUGUUUCUUUUAUCUUACCCAUUAUUUAGUCCAAUUUUUAAACCUCUUACUUUUUGGUCCAAGUGUGUCAAUUAUGGUUACAUACAUGUUACUUGUUAUUCAUGUUCUAGAGUUUGCGAUUCACAGCUAAUGAGAAAGCAAGUACCAAAAGUAACUAACAAAAAUAUGAACUACUCGCA